CUUAUCGUGUACUACACUAGCGGAUCCAGAACUUUGAAUGUGGGGGGGGGGGCGAUUUUUUUCCAAACCCUAACGCCGAGUAAACCCUAACCUUAUGCAUAAACGUGCGUACAGCAUAUAUAUAUAUAUAUAUAUAUAUAUAUAUAUAUUGUUAUGACAUGAUUAGGAAGUAGUUAGGAAUUAGUUAUUUGUUUCGGGAAUAGGGUAAAGUUUUAAUUAGCGACAAGUGACGUGACAGAUCUUUAAAAAUAAGAACGCUCUAAACGACGCUAGAAGGAGGACGCUUAUUGUAAAGUAGUAGACUUGAGUACGACAUUAUUGACAUCGGACGAUUCCCUUUUGAGUAUUAAACAUAUUGUUAGAACAACAUAUCAGCGUCGACUACAUAUUUGAUUGUUUCGGCCUUUCGCCGGUGUUACUGAAGUGUUGAAUUCAGCGUUACCUACAGUCAGAUCUACACUAGACAGAUUGUCAAGAAUCAACACCGCGCAGAGACUGACUGUGGAGUUAUCGCAUCGCCGCUUCUUAGACAGAUAAGUCAAGUGUUAUUUAACUACUUUCUCCUUAGAAUAAUUAGAGUCUGUAGGGAAGUGACCACUCGCUAGAUUAUCACUACCAGGUUAAAUCGUGGUGGAUUGGGGAUAUCCUUAAAAUUAGGUGUAAUCUAGCAAGAGGUCCAGAUAUACGUUUAGCUGUUAAUUCGUUCUGUGUGUGAAUGUGAAUCAUUUAGUUAAUCAUUUUUAGUAACGUCAUGUAUUAAUUGUUUGCAAUACUCCUGUCUUAAGUCUUACUGUCAGACGAAAGUCUCAUUCAUUAGAACUAGAUCUAUAGUUUGGUGUUUAACGUAUUUAGGUUUAAUUUCAUAGUUUAUUUGUAUGAGUAAGUUAUAUACACUCCUGGCUGUGAAAGCAGGUAAGAAGUAACUAAGAUCUAGCGUAAUCUAGACUAGAUCUGGGGAACAAUCGAGGUGAAGCCUGAUUGCCCAUUUGUAAAUUUUAGUAGUUGUAAAUAGACAGGUUGGUCUAUUUACCGGCGACUCGUGUGAGUAACACGUAGUCGUUGAGUGUGCGUGUGUCGCACAGCGUAUUCAGUCGGGUCAGAGUGUAGCCUACACACUGGUACCAAGGAUACUAAGUGUAUCUUGGAAAGUACAGAAGUUAUUAAAAGUCGGAGUUGGUAGUCUAGACGCUGAGGGUAGAGUGACGAAUUUAAUUCAUUGGAAUCAAGAGAUAUUAGGAAGCCGCGGAGCGAGGUUACGCUCAAACGGUAAUUUGAUUUAAAGUAACAUAAAGGUAAUAUGGCAACUGCUCCAGGGUACGACCUAGAAGAGUUUAGGAAAAAGCUAAUCCAAGAGGCCAAGACAGAACUGGAACUACGCGGCAAAGAACUGGCCGCCUAUGUGCAGCAGAUGGUGGCGGCAGAAGCAGAUCGCAUAGAGCGGGAAAAGGUUAGAGAGGCAGAAAAAUUGGAAAGGGAAAAGGUUAGAGAGGCGGAACGGGUAGAGAGGGAGAAAAAAGAAGAGGUGGAACGCAUCGAGAGGGAGAAAAAAGAAGAGGCGGACAGAAAAGUGAGAAUUCAAGUAGAACAGAUGAGGAUAGAGGCUGGUAUAAGCGUGCCCACCGAAGGAAACAGCAACAAUAGCGCCAACAUAGAAAGCCAUAGUAGCGCCGCAUGGAUGAAGAAGAAAAUCCAACCUUUUGCGGAAGACAAGGACGACAUCGGCGACUAUCUGAAACGCUUUGAAAUUAAACUUGCAAAGUUUAAUGUCCAGGAGAAGGAGUGGUCCGAAAUCUUGUUGGACUUCGUACAUGGGAAAGCCCUCACGAUUUGCCAAAACCAUGACCACGCCAUGCAAAACAGCUAUCAGGUGCUAAAGAAGGAACUGCUAAACGCAUACGGGCACAACGCGGCAACAUUCCGAAAGAAGUAUUACGAAAACACCCCAUCCAGCCAAGUUGACCCACAAACAACCAUCAACUCAGAGAAGGACUUUUUCACUAAAUGGCUCGGAUUCGAGAAUGUAGAGAACACCUACGAGGGGUUGAAGAACUUUAUCUUGAUUGAUAACUUUAUAAAUAAGUGCGACCCUCAGCUACAGUCCUUUGUAAAAGAAAGAAACCCUAAGGUAAUUGAAGACUUGGUAGAAAUUAUUAGGAUCUUUAAGAAUGCUUACCCAAACAACCCACUUUCAGUUAGCGACCAUAAAAAAGUUAUUGACCUAGUAAAUUAUGUAAAGAAAAAUGAUGGUAAUGAUAGGGAUUAUGGUAGGAGAAAUGAUAGGUCCAGGGAACGUGGGAACAAUGGUCGGGAUAUUUAUGAGGGCAUAAAUGAUAGACCUUGGGAAAAUGAAAACAAUGGCAGGGAAAGUUAUGAUAGGAGAAUAGAUAGACCUAAAGCGGGUGAUAGAAACCUUAGGGAUGUUACAUGUUUUAACUGUCAGGAAAAGGGACACAUGGCAUACCAGUGUAGGAAACAUAGAGGGAAUGGAGCUGGCAAUGGGAAUACACAGGAUAAUAGUGGCACUAGGGAUAGGAGAGGUAAUCAAGGAAACCGUAGACAAGAGAGGGAUAAUCGGCCACCAGAUAGGGUUAAUUUUGUAAGGAGCAUCCAAGACAGGGAUCGUGAUAGUGGACAUAGUGAACCAGAUGAAGAAAUUAAUUACGUUGAUUGUGGGGAAGAUAGAUUUAAAUUAUAUCCAGGCAUGAUAAAUAAUAAACAGGUAAAUGUGAUCCGGGACACAGCUAGCAGUACACUCGCAGUUCGAGGGGGAUUAGUGAAAUCUAAGGAUUAUUUAGGCUAUACCAAAUCAGUCAGGUUGGCAGACGGCGCAGUUAAGAGAUUCGAAGCAUGCAAAGUGUUCCUUCGAUCUCCAUUGUACACAGGGUAUUGCGAAGGGGUAGCCAUGCCAAGGUUAUCUAGAGAUGUUUUACUUGGAAAUGUAGCAGGUGUCAGCGCCGCUUCUGACAAACAGGUUAGAAGUUGGAAAAGCAGGUAUGGCAACAGGAGGCGAAAUAAACCUAGAAAUGACAGAAUUUGUUUUAACUGCCAUAAACAUGGGCACAUCGCUAAAGACUGUUGGAGUAGGGCAGAACAGUCUGAGCAGAAGAUUGCGAGUUCGGAUAGGUGGCGCAGGUCUAUAGCCGAUAAUGAUGAUAGAAGAGAUGACUGUGGUAGCGGUAAUCACAAGUCAUACAGAGGUAGAAGGCCACACGCGGGCUAUAGUGGUGUAAGAAGAGAUGUUAACUCCAGUUGGAGAGAACAAAUGUAUGAGUCGUGUAGAUAGCCUGUGAAACAUAGCACUAUGAGACCGUAGUGUGUAAAUAAGUUGGAUUUUAUUUAAAUUGUUUAUUCUUCAUUAAUUGACCUAACUAGUAGUCAUAACUAGACGGGUAUUAGGUUGUGUUAAGGUAUUUUUGAAUAUGAUAUUUAUGUUAUAAUAUAAAUGCUAUUGCGUUAUCAUUAGAUUGACUCAUGUUAAUUAUUUAUUUCGGGUAGUAUGUAUGAAUUGUAUGUAAGUUUGUAUGAAUAGAAAGGGCAUUUAUAAGGCGACGAUGUAGUGAUAUCAAGGAAAAGUAAGUUUUAUAAUUUAUUCUUUGUAUUUGAUCAUGAUCAUACAUCAGUAAAGAGUUAGGUCGUGUGGGGACAAGUAAGUGGAGAGAGGAAAUAAAAUACACUUGUAAAUGCCCGAAAGAACGUUAGGUGUAUAGUGGGAGAACGAGCAUUGAUAAAUAUCAAUUUGUCAUAUUAGGUAAAUUGUCUGUCCUGACGUGUGAGGGAAAGCGGUAAUCUCCGGAACGUGAUGUGAUGAUGUAUAGAUAGACACACCUAUAGUGUCAGCGCAAACGAACUAUGUCGGCGGUCACCUAUGGCACACCACAUUGGACAGUAUCAGUUAGUGACACUUGAGGGAAAUAGGUGUUCAGAGGAACUUGAUUGUGGACACAGAAAGAGAAGUUGAAAUCGCAAUCAAGACUCAAGUUGUGUUGUCUUUUAUGUUUCCCUACAUUUUGGCCCUUGCACAUUGUAAGACUAAGACAGUAGAUUAAAAAAUUGACAGGCAAUUUUUUUUAGCGGGAGGGGGAGGAGUUGUUAUGACAUGAUUAGGAAGUAGUUAGGAAUUAGUUAUUUGUUUCGGGAAUAGGGUAAAGUUUUAAUUAGCGACAAGUGACGUGACAGAUCUUUAAAAAUAAGAACGCUCUAAACGACGCUAGAAGGAGGACGCUUAUUGUAAAGUAGUAGACUUGAGUACGACAUUAUUGACAUCGGACGAUUCCCUUUUGAGUAUUAAACAUAUUGUUAGAACAACA